AUGCUAUCGCAGCAACGANGUGAAAUUCGUCCAAGUCCUCACAAUAUUAAUGGUUUACUAAAUACAAGAUUACCACAAACUCCAGAUGAAGCUUGCAAAUUCGUUAAAGCUGCUGAAUAUUAUCGAAAAUUUAUACCAAAUUUUUCUCAAAUCGCCGAACCACUUAGAAAAUUUGUUCCAACUACAAGAACUCAACAAAAGAAAGGACAAAAAACUAUUAUUACAUUAACAAAUGAAGAAGUUAAAGCAUUCGAACAACUUAAGCAUUAUCUUACAACUGAUCUAGUAUUACGACUUCCAAAUAAUAGAUUCCCAUUUAAAGUACAAACUGAUGCAUCUGAUGAGGGAAUCAGUGCAGUAUUAUUACAAAUUUAUCCAAACGGUGAUAGACCAAUUGCAUUUCUUUCGAAAAAGUUUACUCAAGCACAACGUAAAUGGUCUCCUAUGGAGCAAGAAUGUUAUGCAUUUAUAUGUGCAUUAAAUAAAUGGCAUAAUUAUUUAAGUGGAAUUAAAUUUAUGUGGGAAAGUGACCAUAAAGCAUUAACACAAUUAAAUCAAAAAGCUCAAAUUAAUAAACGAUGUGAAAGAUGGAGAUUAAAAAUUUUAGAAUAUGAUUUCAAGGUGAAAUACAUUCCAGGCUUAACAAAUUCUAUGCCUGAUUAUUUAUCAAGAUCUCCAGUUGACGAUGCUGAAGAAGAUCUCGAUGAAACUACACAUCUUAUUUCAAAAUCAACACAAACCGAUACUUUAAAUGUUAAUAAUCAUUCAUCUAUCGUCGCAGCUGUUCAAACUCGUGCUAUGAAAUUACGAAAUCAAACUUUAAAUGAUAUUACCGAUAUACCAGAAUUAACAUCAGAUUCUCUAAAUACUUCUACUGAAGAGAAUCGCAUUACUCCAUUUUCAACUGAAGAAUUAAUACAAGCUCAACAAAAUGAUAAAUAUGCAAAAAAUAUUUUAAACAAUAUCAAGAAAUAUAAAAAUUAUAUUAUAAAAAAUAAUCUUUUAAUGCGUCGAUUAAAUCAUCCAGUGCCUUAUGUACCACAAGGUGAUUUCCGGAAAACAAUCUUACAAAUUUAUCAUGAUACUGCAGCAAAUGGUGCUCAUUUUGGAAGAGAUAAAACAAUACAUAAAAUUCAACAACGUUAUUUUUGGCCAUCAAUGUAUAAAGAUAUUAAUAAUUAUAUUAAAUCAUGUAUUCUAUGUGCACAAUUUAAUCCUCGUCGACAAAAAAAUCCUGGUACAUUAAGACCUAUUAAACCUCCUGAUGGAGUAUGGCAAUUAGUAUCAAUGGAUUUUCAUGGACCUAUUACUCCAACAACUCAACAUGAAGCUUGCAAAUUCGUUAAAGCUGCUGAAUAUUAUCGAAAAUUUAUACCAAAUUUUUCUCAAAUCGCCGAACCACUUAGAAAAUUUGUUCCAACUACAAGAACUCAACAAAAGAAAGGACAAAAAACUAUUAUUACAUUAACAAAUGAAGAAAUUAAAGCAUUCGAACAACUCAAAUAUUAUCUUACAACUGAUCUGGUAUUACGACUACCAAAUAAUAAAUUCCCAUUUAAAGUGCAAACUGAUGCAUCUGAUGAGGGAAUUGGUGCCGUAUUAUUACAAGUUUAUCCAGACGGUGAUAGACCGAUCGCAUAUUUUUCAAAAAAAUUUACUCAAGCACAACGUAAAUGGUCUCCUAUGGAACAAGAAUGUUAUGCAUUUAUAUGUGCAUUAGACAAAUGGCAUAUUUAUUUAAGUGGAGUUAAAUUUAUAUGGGAAACUGAUCAUAAAGCAUUAACACAAUUAAAUCAAAAAGCUCAAGUUAAUAAACGAUGCGAACGAUGGAGAUUAAAAAUUUUAGAAUAUGAUUUCAAGGUGAAAUACAUUCCAGGUUUAACAAAUUCUAUGCCUGAUUAUUUAUCAAGAUCUCCAGUUGACGAUGCUGAAGAAGAUCCUGAUGAAACUACGCAUCUAAUUUCAACAUCAACACAAACAGAUAUUUUAUUUAAUAACACCCAUUCACCUAUCAUCGCAGCUGUUGAAACUCGUGCUAUGAAAUUACGAAAUCAAACAUUAAAUGAUACAAAUGAUAAAAAAAAUUUAACAUCAGAUUCUCUAAAUACUUCUGUUGAAGAGAAUCGAAUUAUUCCAUUUUCAAUUGAAGAUUUAAUACAAGCUCAACAAAAUGAUAAUUAUGCGAAAAAUAUUCUAAACAAUAUCAAGAAGUAUAAAAAUUAUAUUAUAAAAAAUAAUCUCUUAAUGCGUCGAUCAAAAACUCCAGUUCCUUAUGUACCACAAGGUGAUCUUCGAAGAACAAUUUUACAAAUUUAUCAUGAUACUGCAGCCAAUGGUGCUCACUUCGGAAGAGAUAAAACAAUACACAAAAUUAAACAACGUUAUUUUUGGCCAUCGAUGUAUAAAGAUAUUGAUAAUUAUAUUAAAUCAUGUAUUCCAUGUGCACAAUUUAAUCCUCGUCGUCAAAAAAAUCCUGGUACAUUAAGACCUAUUAAACCUCCUGAUGGAGUAUGGCAAUUAGUAUCAAUGGAUUUUCAUGGACCUAUUACUCCAACAACUCAACGUGGAAAUAAAUAUAUUAUAUCUCUUACUGANAAUGAUUUGCAAAAACAUUUACGAGCCGAAUGCUAUUCCGAACAGAUUCGAAAACAAAUACUCGAAUCGACUAAACAUAUAGAAAAUCGAAAACCUCAAUUAGCAAUUCAAGAUAUUUUAUGGCGAAAUAAAAUAUUAUUUGAUCCUACACCAUCAAUUAUUAAUAUUCCUCCACAAUCAGCAAUUAGAACCGGUGAUCAUCCUCCUAUUUAUUCAAAACAAUAUUCUGCUUCAUACAAAGAUCAGGAACUUAAAUUUCAAGGAACACAAAAAUUAUUAGAACGUGGUCAAAUUGAAGAAUCAACUUCCCCAUGGUCAUCACCUAUUGUACUUGUUAAGAAGAAAGACAAGACCAUGCGAUUUUGUAUUGAUUAUCGACGUUUAAAUACUAUUACAAUUAAAGAUGCAUUUCCACUUCCUCAAAUCGAUGAAAUCUUUGAUCAAUUAUCCGAUGCAAUGUGCUACACAAAACUCGAUUUUCAAUCUAGUUAUUUCCAGGUACCUCUAUCUAAAGAGGACCGACCGAAAACUGCAUUUUCAACUCGUAAUAAUCAUUAUCAAUUUACUGUUUUACCACAAGGAAUAACAAACGGACCAGCAACUUUUCAACGCAUAAUUAAUGAUGUAAUUAUAUACUCGAAAACAUGUGAAGAACAUUUAUUACAUCUUAAUGAAAUAUGUGCAAUAUUAAAAAAUGCACGAUUUCGUCUUAAUCCAUAUAAAUGUGAAAUUGCUCGAACACAAACAGAUUAUCUUGGACAUAAUAUAAAAAAUGGUGAAAUUCGUCCAAGUCCUCAUAAUAUUAAUGGUUUAUUAAAUACAAGAUUACCACAAACUGCAGAUGAAGCUUGUAAAUUCGUUAAAGCAGCCGAAUAUUAUAGAAAAUUUAUACCAAAUUUUUCUCAAAUUGCUGAACCACUUAGAAAAUUUGUUCCAACUACAAGAACUCAACAAAAGAAGGGACAUGAAACCAUAAUUACAUUAACAGAUGAAGAAAUCAAAGCAUUUGAAAAACUUAAAAAUUAUCUUACAACUGAUCUAGUAUUACGACUUCCAAAUAAUAGAUUCCCAUUUAAGGUACAAACUGUUGCAUCUGACGAAGGAAUCGGUGCAGUAUUAUUACAAAUUUAUCUAGAUGGUAAUCGACCUAUUGCUUAUCUUUCAAAGAAAUUUUCUCAAGCACAACGCAAAUGGUCUUCUAUGAAACAAGAAUGUAACGCAUUUAUAUGUGCACUAGACAAAUGGCAUAAUUAUUUAAGUGGAAUUAAAUUUAUUUGGGAAACUGAUCAUAAAGCAUUAACACAAUUGAAUCAAAAAGUUCAAGUUAAUAAACGAUGUGGACGAUGGAGAUUAAAAAUUUUAGAAUACGAUUUCAAGGUGAAAUAUAUUCCAGGCUUAACAAAUUCUAUGCCUGAUUAUUUAUCAACAUCUCCAGUUGACGAUGCUGAAGAAGAUCCUGAUGAAACUACACAUCUUAUUUCACAGUCCACACAAACUGAUAUUUUAUAUGACAACAAAAAUUCACCGAUUAUUGCAGCUGUUGAAACUCGUGCUAUGAAAUUACGAAACAAAACUUUAAAUGAUAUUUCAGAUACAACAAAAUUAAGAUCAGAGUCUCUAAAUACUUCUACUGCAGAGAAUCGCACAACUCCAUCUUCAAUCGAAGAAUUAAUUCAAGCUCAACAAAAUGAUAAUUAUGCAAAAAAUAUUCUAAACAACAUCAAGCAAUAUAAAAAUUAUAUUAUACAAGACAAUAUUUUAAUGCGUCGAUUGAAAACUCCAGUCCUUUAUAUACCACACACCAAUGGUGCUCAUUUCGGAAGAGAUAAAACAAUACACAAAAUUAAACAACGUUAUUUUUGGUCAUCGAUGUAUAAAGAUAUUGAUAAUUAUUUUAAAUCAUGUAUUCCAUGUGCACAAUUUAAUCCUCGUCGACAAAAAAAUCCUGGUACAUUAAGACCUAUUAAACCUCCUGUUGGAAUAUGGCAAUUAGUAUCAAUGGAUUUUCAUGGACCUAUUACUCCAACAUCUCAACGUGGAAAUAAAUAUAUUAUAUCUCUUACUGAUGUUUUAUCAAAAUUCGUCGUUACUAAAGCUGUACGUGAUAAUACAGCUCAAACUGCUGUUAGACUUCUUAAAGAAGAUAUUAUUUCAAAAUUUGGAACUCCUCGUUGUAUUCUUACUGGCAAUGGAACUCAUUUUACUUCAACAUUAAUUGAUGAAUUAAUUAAACAAAUUGGAGCAACACAUUUAUAUUCAACACCAUAUCANCGUUCGUGGCAAAUUAAUUCAAUCAGCAGGAUUAUGGUUUGA